GAGCUUUGGGGCAUCUUACAGAGAUUUCAUGACGAUGCUGCAGAUUUCCUCGGAUGGAGCACAGGACAAAGAAAGAUUAGGCUGAGAGCCCACUAAGGUGUUCUGGGGACAUCUGAAGAUUUAAAGUUUGUUUAUUCACUUCUGCUGACUCGUCAUAACGGUCUCAGAAAUAUCUCGAAAUUAUCUCUGGAGUUCAAUGAGGGAGUAAAGAAAGGAAAUUUGUGUAACAAAACAAUGCUCAUAAAAAUCAAGAACAGCUCAUUUAAAUGUCAUUACACUGAAAAAAAAACAGAAAAAUAAAGAGUAAGAGAACCAUGAAAGGCAGCUAAUCCAAACAAAGUGUGGGCAUACUGAAGUGUUAUGAGCUUGAGCUUACACAUAAUUAAACUAUCUUUAAGAUCAUUUCUAUUUUCUUUUGGUGUUAGUAUAUAAAAGAAGAAGAGCAUCACUGACAAUGAAACUUCAUACAGAUCUGUAUUUGGAAACCUCCCACUUUUUGUGUUGACAGCUCACAGAAUUUAAAAUCAGUCAAAAUAGCCUAAUCAGAGUGUAUGCUGUCCUUGAUACACGAUCUCUGUUACAGAACUGAAAAAUACUGAAUAAAUCUUAUUAAAGAGUCAUCUUGAACUUAAUAUUGGUUCAAACUGCAAUUGAAGUGACUAAUUGGAGUCUGAAGCAUAGAAUUUGUGAAAGUGCAAAAUUUAGAUGAGCCAAUAAAACUGUGAACUUUGGGCUGCAGACGCUGCAUUUUGCUGACCCGUCAUCUAAUCAGUGUUACAAAUGAAUAUAGAAUAUAGAAUAUGUAGCAGGACGUUCACCUGAGGUGUCAGAGACGCUGCAGUUACUUCUUAAAGUCAGCGUGCUGCAUAAUGAAGUUACGACCUCUGACCUUCAGUUGUCACACCUGCUCACAUCAAGUUCAAGUCACACAACAAUGCUGACAUGGCAAAGUGACGCACAAUCAUGUCACCACUUACAGCGUUUAUCCUCCAUCUGAGGGCACUGAGGAUGUUUUCAAGGGUUUCUGAGGUGCAACCUCCACUGUGAUGAAUACAGAGAGAUGAGAUUAAUCUACGCGCGAUUCUGCUGUUAUGAAACAGCUUAAGAGUAUUAAGUUUAGGCAUACACACACAUGCAUAUGCACACAUAUACACACACACAUAGACACACAUAAAACUGACACCAAAAAACAAACUUCAAGAGAAGUAGAGAGAAACUUCACUGUGAAUUUCAGCAUGAUUUUAUUCAGUUGAGUGAAAAAAUAGUGUGAAACAGACAGCCAUGGAUUACAAUAAUCCUGUGAAAAAAUACAACAAUUUAAACAGCCAAACCCAGAGAAUAAUAAGGUAAUUGUGCAGUGAUGAGAGAACUAGUGAAUGCAGUGCAGCGUGUGACUUUAAAAGAGAUCACUUAAUAUCAAAGAAAAGCUAUACAACCAAAUUAUCUUACAAAAACUCUCUGUGUCAAAAGGAUGCCACUUCUGCACUUACACAGUCUACGUGCAUUUUUGUAGUAUUCACUUCAGCUCAUAGAAAUUAUUUGUAGCAGUUUCUUUUUACAGAUGUGUGCUCUGAUAUGUGUCCCAUUUAACUACUGCAGAAAAGAGGAAAACAAUACAGCAGAAGAAGUCACAUGGAUGACAGAGUUUCACAUACUUAAAAAAAAAAAUCAAAUUUUCAAAGCAGUUGAUGAAAACUGUUUUGCACCCUGUAAACACUAAUCUGGAUCACAGCUGAUUGGAUCACAAACAAAUCUGAACACCUGGUAUUGGAAGACUCAUAAAUUAUUUUUUUGUCCUAAAAACUCGUGUUAUAAAUACCAAUGCACAGCACUAGUGGUAAAAAAUAAUAAUAAUAAAAAGAAGAUUUUACAGCACAUAUAGCCUCAGAGAUCCAAACCACAUAUAUUUAAAUCAUUGAUUUUGGUGAAAGUCUUUUCUGUGUAAAUUACCACAUACGAAGGUACAUGAUGUGUGUUUAACAAUGAACCGAAUACAUCCCAGCUUUAAGCAAAACAGUCAAACAGUUACCUGUUUGCUUGAGUUGAAUAUUUUUGUCCAAGUGAAAGUUACUUCCCUUUAAAUUUCUUGCAUAAAGCAACACAUUUGAUAAAGUAAACAUGUUAAAUUCUUUUGCCUAAAUCAUGUUAAAAUGCCUAAAUCAGACGCACUAUCAAACCCACAGAGCCAACUGUUUCAAUUAUUAAAAUCCUUAUUGCAGGAUUAGUUUGCAAUCAUGCUGAUCAUGCUUUAUGAAGCAUAUUUUCACCCUCAGUGUUAAAAACGCACGUACAGAGACCAGCUUUCUUGACUUUGAUUGAAGAUUUAACUAACUCCUGAGCAGGAGUAGCAGUGUGCUGCAUGCAGGGAGCAACAAUGAAGCCAAAGUGGGGCUGUGUUUGUGUGUCUGUCCCUUUAGUGUCUCCUGGUUGGUCUGGUCUGAGGUAGGGGGGCUUUGGGUUGCAGGCACAGUGCUGGGUGGGAGAGUUGUGAGGCUGGCACACAUGUCAUAGAGGUUUCCAGAAAACUGUGCCUUCCUGGACUCUUGUCUUAGAGACUCCCAGACAGCUGCUGCCUCUCCAGGACAGCCGGCAAGCGCUGAGUUGGCACAAACAUGGAACGCAUCCCAGGACCUUCAAGGGACCCAGACAUAAUGAGAUCUCAGUAUCACAUUAGUUUACAAUGUGCUUGGUAAAAUAUGUACAGAAUACAAUACAGAAAUGACAAGGACACCUAUGGGUUGAGGAAUAAAGACACUUUUUACAGCAGAAAUUUUCUCAAGGAACUUAGUAUGUUUCCACUGCAGGGACCGAGGUCUAAAAUAAAACAGUUGUAGGCCAUGAUUCCAAAACAAUAAAAUGAGAGAUUCUAAAAUCGGUGUAUUUGAAUAGAAAUGCAAAGUCUGGGGUUAAUCACAAUUAUAAAUCUGGUACACUGAAGCCAUUUCCCUCUCAUGUCCACUCAGCAAGGGCUAAAGUGCUCUUUUAAUAAUCUACGGCCUAAUGCUGUACUACUGGUGGGUAGUAUUUGGGGCAUUUGAAAUUAUUUUGUGUUCAUUGCUUUUUAAUUCAUCAGCAAAUCACGAGGCAGUCCAAACUAACAAUCUAGAGAGACACCAGCUUUUAUUUUAACAUAAAAUAAAAUGUUUGAAAACAGUCUUGAUUCAACUCUAAAGAAUAAUUACGCCCUCUGUGCAGUUGGUUGAUUAAGUUAAGUGUGAGGUGUCAGCUACAGUCAAUGAUCCGGUCUGAUGUGGGGAUAACAAUGAUGAUGUAAAGGCGUUUUUUGUGUGUGAGCAAACAGAGUUUGACUUUGUCACCACCGAUACAGCAGCAGAAAACUCCACAGGUUUUUUCUCAUGUCACCUACAUUGUUACCAAAAGUAAAGUAUCACAAAAAGUAAAGGUAAAAAUUAAAAAUAGAGCACUCUUAAGAGCAAUUUGCAUCUAAAAACACAGAUUUUUUGGGGGGGUCAGCUAUAUCAUCAGCUUGUUUAAUUCUCGUAGUUUGUUGGAUCGGUCAAGAGGAAAAGACCCCUCAGAUUUUUAUUGUUACUUGUUUUUUCAGUUGCUGAUUGAUCGUUGUGAUACCCUACACAACUUACGGCCAGGAACAAAACUGUGAAAAUACAACUGCAUUGCACUAAAUUGAGCAUGAUGUGCGAAAAUAGUAAUGUGUGAAUGAGCGUCAAGUCUAAAGUCAUGCUAGCAGUUCUGUGAAGCUGUUCAAACUCCAUGCCUUGGUUAAUGCUAAUGUUGGCACGCUAACAUGCUCCAGUUGUCAAUGUAAAACCUUGUGUUUUGAAGUAACCUUAUUAUCAUGGUGGAGUUUUUUUUACCUUAAUUCAGUGUGUUAGUGUGCUAGCAGUGGCUAAUUAGCAAAAGAUUAAGAGCAGCUGCAGCUGUCAGGGUUGUCAUUGGUUUCAUAGGAAUAUCCAUCAAAAUAGACUAUAUUCAAGCUGUGUUUCAGCCUCAUAGGAAAGCUUGAGAAAGCUUGAACUAUCAUUUUAAGGUGUUGCUACUGGUGACACACCUGCAAACAGCAGCAAUGUCCUGCGUACUCUGGUCUUUUUGAGUUUCCACCAAACUGUCUCCAAGUGUGACUAAACACUGAGCAAAACUCUUGUAGAUGGAGCCACAUGACACAGAAAUCGCAGCUCCGAAGCACACGGGGACGAGGCCUGUGGAGAGAAAUAUAUGUGAUGAAUAUUUGAUCAUUUUCAUCAAACUGUCAUUCAAACUUAUAAAGAAAUAUGUUGAUGUGGUGAGCGUGGCAUAUGUGCCUCUCUUUUCAUUUGGAUGGAAAACAAUCAACCAAGUUGGAGUUAGUUAUGAGCUGGAAGUGAGACUGCAGAUUCUUUGGGUUGCUGUGUUUGAUCUUGUGAAGUGAAACAGUAUUUGUUUAUUUAUAGAGGCAUGAUCCAUCUGGUCUUUUGAUGGAUCAAACAAAUACAGAAAUAUGUUGUAUCCCAUUCAUCUGGAGGGAUUAUACAUUCUCGGCGCCAAAUUUGGAGAAAGACUACAAAACCAUGUGAUAUCUGCUUGAGUCCAUUGAUCAGCUCAUACAUAACACAUCUCUGAGGCUGAUUUGAGUCUCCACAGUAAAGGUGGGACAGAUGACUAUUCUUGAUAUUAGAAGUUUCAGCAGCCCAGUGGAAGUUGUGUGACAGGAAUACUGCACCACAUGGCUAAUAUGGGUGGACACAAAAACACUAAAGCCACCUGGGAUUAAAACACCUCACUUCAAAACUGUGGUUGUUAAUCUACUCUUGUAUCAGCUUACUCUCUCCUGGUGUAGGUGUUUCACAACAUUUUAAAGCUCUGCAGCAGUAAUUUGCUCUAUGUGCAGUUGAGUUUGACCGCUAAUGUCACUGAAUAAGGUUAAAAGGCCCCACGCCAAACUCUGACAACAAUACGCAUUCUCUGAAACAUACAAAGUGAAGCUUGUUUUUAAUCUUGAACCUACCUUUUGAUAUGGCAACAGUUUGUUCUCUCUUUUCCUUCCUCACAUCACAGACAAAAUCUCAGGAGAAAAUCAUCACAUACUGUUGCAUCAGUUUACCACCUCUAUAUUCAAAGAGCCAAGACCAUGAAAAACAGCAUCCGUAAGAGGCAACCAACACAAUGCCAGCCACAACUACGUGUGGCAACUGCAAAUUUUACGUCAAUGUGACUCAAUUACUUGUAUAUGCCUCACUGCAACUAUUAAAAAAUAUACCCUUUAUAAAGCUGGCAAUCUGGCACUGGCUAAUUAUUUUAUCCACUAUAUAUGAAUUUUACACAUUUAAAGACUUUGCCCAGAUAGAAAGAUGCAGAGAUUAUAAAUAAUUUUGAAAUGUCUUAGUUGCUAAAAAGAGUUUCCGUCAUAGUAAUCUUAUGGUAGAAAAAUCGCUCUAAAUACCCUUACAAAAGAAUAGACAGUAGGAGUCACUCUUACUUAAACAGUGUUGUAUUCACACAAACACGUACAACAUAAUUGGAAGGUGAAGCUGUAAUUAAGAUAAUAAGAUGUUUUAAAUUGAUUUCAUUUUCAGAUAAAGUUCAAUUGAAAGAAAACAUUUUAACUUCUUGUGCUGAAACUCUUUUCAUAAACCUGUGGUUAAAUCUUAGUCUAGUCUUUAGAAAAGACACAAAACGCCACUGCAGAUUUGCAAACUUUUUCACAGACAUGAACACAGUCAACAUUCAUUUUAUCAAUCAGACAUUAGUUAAAUAAGCAUCCUUACUGAGGCAGAGAGCGACUGGAAGCAGCAUCGUCACCAUGCCUAGUUCAGACUUUAAGGUUUGUUCCACGAAUCCCGUGGAGCCACGUCCCCUGUCUGAACCAGAGACUCUGGUGUGUGAUGAUGAUGAUGGUGAUGAUGAUGUUGAUGAUAGUCAAGUUUCCUCUGAAUGUAAAUCCAAAGAGUAAAAAGUUGCUGCUCUAAAAAGUGAUGUGUCCAGACAUCCGUUGGGGAUUCAUCAGAUUGCAAAAGUACAGCAAUGUACUGAGGCACAACUCUGCUGGAUUAACAGUGAAGGGGGCCGAUGCAUGGCAGAGAGUAAGAGGAUGUGUAUGUGAGUAUGUGAUUGCAUGUGUGUGUGUGUGUGUGUGUGUGUGUGUGUGUGUGUGUGUGUGUGUGUGUGUGUGUGUGUGGUUGUGCGCCAGGGAGGGGCACAAGGCAAGAGCGAUGGAGAGCUUUGAAGCAGCAGACCAAUGACAGCAUCACAACGCUGCACACUGGAUUAAAGCGUUCUCAUUUCCGGUCUUUAGUAUUAAGAACAUUUAUGUGAAUUACAAAUAAUUAGAAACUGUAUAUCUAUACAAUAUAAGGGUGAACACACACCCAUUCCCUCUGGCAUACACAUGUUCCCGUAGCAAAAACAGGUUUAAAUCAUAAAGAGGGAGUUUAUUACACAUGAUGGUACUAGGGGAACAUAGUCAGAAGUGUCAGGAGGAUUUGGAUUUUAUUUUUCAUGUGGACAGAUGGAUGCCGUCCCUGAGAGGAUAAAAGAAUCCAGCUCACCUGGGAGUCCAAAAGAGAGAGAGAGGGGGAGAGAGAGAGACCUCUGAGAACAGCAGCAGCCCAUGUGAGAAUCAUCCACAGCUAUGUGGGUCACCAAGGUUUAUUAAAGAGCGCUGUGUGCAGUGUAAGCUUAAGCCUGGACAAAAAACACAUGCAGACGCUGAUAACCAUCUACCUUAUUCACAACUCUUCUUACACUGAGUGUCUGCCUUUCAUCCCAUUCCUCUUCCACCCGACCUCAAACCUUCUGCUGUGCCCCCCAGAUGGCCCACACACUGUGCAUUAGUAUAAGUCCUGGUUCACAUCUGUAUAGUGACACAGGAGAAAUGGUAACCCAUUGUUAAUCUCCGGCUUAACACAACCAUUAACUGUGGAAUAAUCUGUCUGUGUCUGAGGCUGCUGCCACGAAUCAAUACAUCACAGGAGCUACUUUGGCAGCAACAUCUGGAUUAGCUAAGCAAAUAUAAAGGGUUUUUUUAUUCAUCAUCCAGCUGUUCUCAGGAUCAAUCAAUGUAGCUUCCCAAAACGUUGAAGUGAAACAGCAAGCAGUAGGUGCUCAUCAUUUUUGACAGCAAAUUUGAAAAAAACUUAAAUAUUAUUCAGACAGAAUAACAUUUAACUCUACUCGGUUUGUGAUACAUAAACUAUUCAUUCUGUUGAUAUCAGUGUAAGCAUUGGCACGGAUUCGAUACUUCAAAAUGUGGCAGAUUGAUUUUGUAUAAGCAUACCAGCAAUAGCCUUUGUCUCACUGAUGCUCCUGUUGAAAGGGAGUAAAUCCCUGCAGCCAGGUGCCAAGAUCAGUAUUUGGAAGAUGAUCAUCAGUCAUACACGACAUCAGUUUCACAUUCAAGCCCUUACAUUUUAUUAGCAGUGAUAUGCAAAUCAAAUGUCCUGCCACUUGACUCUAAAGCUCUCUUUGCAAAAGUAGUACAAAGUUCAUGCCCUGGUCCAGGUUUUUGUCCUGUUAUCGGCUCACUGUGCUCAUUUUAAUCCCAAAAGUUUUGCUGUCUAUGUUGUCUGUUGUAACCUUAUGCAGCUUUUACUGGAUCAUGGAGCAGCUUUCCCACUUUAAUGCUGUUAUGUGUGGUGCUGUCAUUCUCAUGUGGACCGAUGUGUAUCACAAUAAAUCCAGUUGUAAAGACAAACUGUAAGUAUAAAGUAAACAUCUACUCUAUCCCACCCUUGUUUUCUUCAAUUUCUUCGAGAAGUGAAAGAAAACAAGGUUAAUAUUUUUUUCAUGACUGUAUAUAUUGUAAAGGGAUAAUACGGCAUAAUCCACUUCUCUGCUCAUUUGACUAUUUUAAUGUAAAAUCUUACAUUUAAUCGUCCCAAGCUCAGAAAGAUCCCAAUGUAUUCUUUCCUACAAGUUUGAUAUCAAAUGUGUUGCUCCUGGAUUGAAUAUUAAGCUUUUUAUUCUUGCUCAUGAUUCUUUUGAAUGUUAGAUAUGACAGAGUCAAUACAAAGUGCUGUCAGCGUUCUGAGGGUUGACAUUUUUUUAUUUUAUCAAUACCUCUGUUACAAACUGCUUGAUACUUGUUCUCAUGACAAGACAAAUUGUCUUGUUAUGCAACACUGCUGUCUUCCAUUAAAAAUUCUUUUUAAUGUCAUUAAUUAUUGGUGAUAAUUUCAAAUGGCAUUAAUUUGACUAAGCAUUUAGUACCUCUGGCUUUAAAAAAGCUAAAAAGAAAGUUUUAUAUUUUGUUAAGUUCUGUUAUCUAGGCUGCAUAGCUGACAGAAAUUUACUGAAAAAUUGUACAUACAAUUUUGGAAUAAAAUUAGUAAAACCUCAAGGAAUACAAAAUAAUCCAGUUUCCAUGGCAUCAUGUUAAUUAUUUGUUAAUCAAUCUGUUGGGUCUGUGGGUAGAAAGACACUCUCUUCUAUGGAUUCCCAUUACUGCUUCAGUCAUUGUGUGUUCAAAAUGAUCCUGCGAUAAUAAACUACAUCAUGUAUGUAGACAAGUGUGUAAAUAUGCACAGCUUGUUUAGUCAGAAUCAAAAUAAAAAUAAUGUUUCAUGAGAUUUAAUUGCAAAGCACAGAUAUAUUUUUACUGUCUGUACACUAUUCACAUUUACCUCUUCUUAUGUCAUGCAUUUGUUUGUAGGAUCACAUGUUGUUUACAUUGUUGUACUUCAUUCCCAUUACAUAAUUACUCUCACAGGACUGGACCAUCUGACAGCGGCUUUGCUUUGGCUUGAAUGUAAAGACGGCUGUGGUAAAUGUCAGCAGCCAUUAAAAAGGAGGAAAGAGUAGUGUAAGUUUGAUCGACAGUGCUGGAUUACAGCAUUAUGCAACACUGCUGGGAGUAAAAAAAAUAAAUCCAGAUGAGAUUAGGAUCUGCAUCCUGGCUCUCUCCAAUGCUCUCUGUCUAUCCAUUCAUCCAGCCUUCGCUCCUGCUCUGGUUCAUCUACCACAUUAUCACAGGAAGUGGUGGAAAUUACUCAUUUGUUGUGGUUCAGGAACUCUUUCACGGCUUAACAUUCAACCAAAGAUAUUUAGCACCUCAGGACUUUAACUCGACUUACAGUUAAGUAAAUGGCCAUCCAUGCUGUCAACACACAGGCAUGAAGAUAAAACAAAUUAGGCCAAACAGUUGGUUAGCUCCCCUGUCACUUAGCUUUUAUCCCACCGCCAUCUAGAGGGAGAAAAUCAUGCUGCAACAUCUGACUGCAGUCUGGCACAGAACUCAACAAUGGCUCUCAAAUGGAAGGAUUUGCUGCUGAGAAAACAAACAAAAAAUCAGUUUUUGAAUUGAGUUAUCCAAAGAUGUUAUUAUAUCUUUUGCUAUAUUGCAGUGACAACUUUGUAUUAAUUGUGCUGACUUUCACUCAUAAAAACUAAAUAACAGAUUUUCUGGUUGUUACGUCUGCUGCAUACGUAAAAAUUGCUAAAUUGAUUGGCUUAACUUGUUUAUUCAUUGAGUUUAUUAAACUAUGUGUAAACCAAGAAUGAAUCAUAUCUUAAAUUCUACCUUAAACCUUACUAAAACAUAAGAAGAGCUAUCACCGCUUCAUUAGUUUUACACAAGUAACUAAUGGGUUGCACACUUACUCUUAAGUCUUGCUUAUAUGUCAGGAUGUUCUCUGAACUCUAACAUGAAAACAAAGUGAGGUGUUAAGUGGUUGCUCACCACAUGAGUAAAGAGGGGGUUCAAAUUACAUGGACACAAUUUCCCAUGACCUCUAUUGGACCUGUAAUGACAUUUGAACAGUCAGUCACAAUGUAUAACUACACACACAAGAAUUGAGCUUAUAUUAUAACAUAUUAUAUUAUAUUAUUUCUUUUCCAAUUAAAUAACCAACAAUAAUGUGACAAACAUUUGUAAACAUGAUCGAUUUUUCACUUAGUAAUGUAAUGCUUGUUUAAAACAAAACAAAAUCUGUGGAUUUUUACUAAACUUUCAAGGAUUUUUAAUCUCUCUGUGUCUCAUUGCACAAUUUUCUAAUGUAUUCUCUUAGUUUCUGCGAACUCUCUUUGAUACAGAAUGCCCCUGCCAUCGGGAUGUAUGACUAAUCGGUUUCCUUUUUCCUCUACAGGGUUUCGUAAUUUCAUAUGGUUAAAUUCUGACUGCUUUUAUGCACAUUUUGUAUGAUCUAAAACAAACAAUCCACAUGCUGACUACCUCAAAUCUCUGAAAAUUUUCACUUAAUCCUGACAGAUAAACGCAAUCCAUGUUUGGAGCUACUGCUUUGGAUUAAUCAACAGAAAUACCCAAGUGAUCAUCUGUUUGACAGCCUCUUCCAACUUAAGCAGACACAAAUCAGAAGUUGAGAAAUUAUCAUGCAUGAACCAACUUCAUUUCAAAUGAAAUUUACUUCAAAAUGACGGCAAAGCAUUGAUGUGAGACCGAGUUCAAAACUCAGAAAUGUGUGUAACGUCCAUAAAACACUGAUGAUCUGGAGAGAUGCGUCUGCAGAGAGAAAACAUAAACAGGCACACAAAAUUCAACCAUGUAUCACACUGAAACAAGCAACUGCUGUUCUACAGAAAACCUUUCGGGUAGACAAAGUACAGAUUCAAGUUGCAAUAUGUAUCUUGACAUAUUUUUGUAAGAUUUUCUAAAAGAAAAAAAGGUCAGCAAAUGUUACUUCACACGUUUUAAAGGAACAUCCGUUGAAAAAAGCAACUCAAGCCACAGUAGCGCUUUAAUUUAUUGACCUACACCAGAGGGGUGCCGAGAAUAGUGUUUUGCUUCUUAUAGGUCUUGUGAGUACCUCAUCCUGGCAUACUUUACAUUACCUCUACAAAUCUAUUGUGGGGUGUUUCUGUCAGAACCCCCUAAUUUAAGCUCAAAAGUAUGGAAAUAAAACACCUCAACAAGAAUCUUCAAGAGAAAACCUUCUGUGAAACUAAGCAGUCUUGAGCAUCUCCCUCAUCAGUCUGGUAAUCAAUGUGUAAGCCUUGUAAGUCUGUGCAUACUAUGAGACUGGUUAAACAGAUAAAUAUAGGCUGUUACUGACCAUUUCUAAGCAGUAUGGGUCCGGUUUGGACUGUAUUAUAUGAGCUACAUGAACUACCCAGACAACUUCGUUUGACAGACCUACAAAAAGUCACUUCUACUUGUUGAAAAUAAAUUGUCGUCGCUCGCAGUUUUUAUACAAAAUAGAUCUGAAUCUGCAGUCUUCAAUCACCCCCGUCAGUCUUAGUCUCUGUCAUCACGGGUCGUCUCACGUUAUCAGAAUUUCUUACGGAUACUACAAGCAAUUGAGUUUCCACCGAGCAGCCUGUCCCGCUCCCGCACCUCCUCCUGCAGCUUGGCCUCAGCCACCCGCAGCUGACGGAUGGUCGCCUUCAUCUCCUUCAUCUUCACCUCCAUCAGCGCGAUGAUGUCCCGCUGCUCGUUCAGUUUGCGCAGGAGCUCGGUGGACGUGGUGCCGGUGGUCAGAGAGUACGAGUGGUCCAGUGGGCUACUUGUGACGCUUACGUACUGCACGGACUGUUGUUGUAAAGUGGAUGUAGUUUCGACCAAUGAUGAACAGUCGGUGGUCUGCUCCUCUGAGGCGGUGGGCGCCGCGUAAAAAGUCCCCUCAGACUGGGCAGGCAGACGCGCCGUGCCCAGGUACUCCCCGUUUUGGCCUAUCUGAACCACGGUGAUGGUGUCGUCGCUCGCCUCGCCGCCGGUGUUGCCCUCGGCUCCUUCUGCCGUGCUGCCCAGGUCGUUCGUGAUGACAAUACCGGAGGUCGCUGCAGCUGCGGGGACAGGAGCCGCCGUGGACACCUUCCUUCCCCUGCCUUUACGACUCCUGCGCUCGUUCACGCCCCGCAGAGGGAAGAGGGACGGGACUCGGACGGUGUAGGUCUUCCUCCCGCCGGCGAAGUGCACGCUGCAGACUCGGUGUCCCGUCGUAGGCUGGAAGGUGCUGAAGCAGCCGCUGACCCCGGCCCGGGAGAUGUUCCUCAGCCACAUCUCCCUCAGCGUGGUGUCUUUGGGAAAUGUGUAGAAGCGCAGCUCCCGGUCCCGGUGCGAGUUGUUGUAGCACCCAGGCACACAGCAAGUGAACCCAGGCAUGUUUGUUAAAACGCUAAAAACAAACACAGGGUCCCCGGGUUGAGUUUAGGUUAUUUAUAUGUUGUUUCUUUAUUCUAUGCGUUGUAAUAAAGCUCAGUGGCCUGCAAGCGGAACUACACGUCCCACAACGCUAACAACUUCCUGUUUAUUUUUCACCCAAAAUGAGUCGCUCUCAUUCGCACGAAGGCUGAAUCCACCCGAUUUUACCCGGAUUAAAAGCAUACGGAUCGCGUAUCAAUGCUGAAUUCGAGGCUAAGAUUUUGAUUUCGGUGGUUUGUGGCUCGUUUAGUUUUCGCGGUGUUAACAAGCCAACCGUCCUCCAUCCAGAACUAAAAUUCCCACAAUCCUUUGUGUCUGAGUCCACCAAAUCGUCAAAUAGACUAUCGCCCCCUGGUGGUUAUGGUGUCAUAGUGCGAUUUCGAGCCCAACUCAGAAAAAAAGAGACUUUACAGUUUUCUGUCCAAUUUUAAUGGACUAAUAAUGACUUAAAGCGUUGAGAUAACAUAUUUUUCUCAAACAAAAGCCUUUAUUGCGAGGAAAAUAUUACGCAGCAGCUAUGAACAACAAGCAUUUCCAGCUUUUUUAGAGUGACACCUUUCCAGCGAUGGGUUAAAGUGCGACAUGACAUUUAAUUCAGCAAUAUUUUUAUUAGUUUUAUACAUAUAUACAAAGGAAACAAAUUACAAACACCCCCUUUCCCUCAAAACCCUGUCUACUGUUGGAAAUUCCUAUUACUGUGCUUAAAUAACAAAUUCUGGAGCUAUAACAAAAAAUAAAAAUAAGUACAUAAAUAAAAUUUAAAAAAUACAAGUGCUGGAAUUUGGGUUUUGUAGAUCUUGAAAUACAUAACAUUUUGAGAAAUAAAAAGUAAAAAGAGAAUAAGUCAAAGGUCCCCAGAUCUUUUCGAAUUUGACAUUUACAUGGCACAGAACAAUGGUAAAGUAAAUGUAUGUUUUGUUAAUAUUCAUGUCUUUUAUAACCUUUUUGGAGGAGGAUCUUCCUAGACUAAAGAUGUAUUAAACAGAGCGCACAUUGUGAAUUAUGAUGAGAUAAGAUGGGGCUUAUGUAAUAUUCUCUUGAUGCUGGGUUUUUGCUAGAUAAAAGAGAAAGUUUAGACCACCUCUUUUGUAAGGGUAUUGAGAUAACAUCUGUUGUGAAUUGGUGCUAAUAAAUCCUAUUAGUUAUUUGAUUACAUUACAACAAGUGCCCUAAACCAGAAAUGUGAAAUACUUUUAGAGGAAGAUAUAAUAUUUUGAUUGAGAUUAUGAAAACAAAGCACUGAAUGUCUAAAUUAAUCUUUGUCUAUCAUAAAAACCUACUAAAAUCUGACUUAGCCUUUGAAUUAUAGCUUCACAGGUGAGUGGAAGCAGGCUUAGGAAAGACCUAAAGUGUCUUGCUGGAGAGAGGUUUAAUUAGCAAGUAUGUCACCCAGCAACAAACUUAUUGCCAAAUCAUUAAACUUAUUGAUCAAAAUAAAUGAUACAGAUUACAGUUUUUCUUCCACCACAUGCAUCCCUGAAAAGCAAAAUAGUUAUAAGAACAUAUGUCACAUGUUCUUAUAACUAUUUCUAUCAUUUCAAGCACCCAGGUUUCCAAGAUAAUAUAUCACAUUCUUAUGAAUUUAAAUGUGAAUGGAUUCAUAUUGAGAGUAUAAAUUUGUGGUUGACUUGGUAACAAUGUCAUAAUAAAGCUAGAAUAAUGUAUUUAUUUUGUGCAAGGGAAGGCAGUAAUGCCUUUAUUGUUUUUUCAAAUGUAAUUUCUAGAAAAUGUUCUUCAAACUACACCAAGAUAAACUUUUUGAUAGUUUCAAGUGUGUCUGUGAAGUGCAGGCUACUUCGAAGUUUAAAUGAUUAGCUAUUAAACAUUAAAAACAUAAACAAUAAAACACUUGGUCCUUUAUUUGUUACAUGUUUUGACCUUGAUUAUAUAUCCUUUUCACUACCUUUAUUAGAAAAUGAUAUGUUGGUGUUUAGAUGCUAUAUUAUUCAGUUUAGCUAACAGUGUCUUUGUUACUGUGCCUUGAUUGUCUAAUAAUGACCAAUCUUCCGCCUCUUGUAGCAGUUCUGGUCGUGUGUACCUGUUACUCGAUAUUUAGCCGGUGACCAAUCUCCGUCCUCUUUUAGCGUCUCUGGUCGUCUCCACAGUCCUGUCGUUGCUACUGAAGUUACCAUUAGCAACUGGCCAGCGCCCGGUGCGGCACCUUCAACCGCUGUCGAUGCUGUCCUGGCGAAUACAAAAGGUAACUUAGCCUAUGUUUCCAUUACUUUUCCUCUCUAUGUCAAAACAAGUUCAUGGACCGUUUGGGAGAUAAAAUUCAGGUAUAAACUCUUUUGAAUACAAUAGUGCAUCAGGAGCUUUUGGAGUUCACUUUGCUGUUGUCUGGCCCGGCUAGCUGAACAUGCUAACUAACGUUAUCACGAACCCAGUCCAGCUAGCUCAGUGAACCUUGGUUAUCUGGAGCACACUGUGAGCGUCUGUGUUAGCUUAAGCCUUGACUACUGUUGGUCCGAUGUGUCAUAGAAAUAGAGGCUAAUGUCCCGAUUAAUUGUCAUGACAUGGCUUUAUUGUGUGCUGAGCCAACAGAGGAAGGCUAGGUUAGUUUGCAGAGGUGUGUGAUAUCGGGCUAAGGGUGGCUUCAGCUGCUCUCAGGCUGGUUCACAUAUGUUUGAAUACGGGGCUGGAAUACUGAGGUCUCGCUGUGGGGGCUAAGGCUACACAGGUAAUGCAGGUGCAAAGGCACUCACGCUUGUAUCAGUUUUUUUGUUACUGUAAGACAACUGUGGCACAGUUUAGAAAUGUCAUAAUCACAUCUUCGAAUAGGCAAACAGCUGUUUUGUAAUUUUAUAAACUUUGGUAAAGCUCAGUCAAUAAACAGCUGCUGUCCAGCUGCUAGUACCUCAGUUUGGUAAAAUAAACAAGAGUUAGAAGGUGCACUCUCUCUGAUAUACCACCAGCACUUAGUUAAUGGUGAGUCUUAUCAAAAAGGUCCAUUUAUUUGCUCUGUGUGCACGUUUUGUUCCCAAAGACCAAUAAACAGAUGUUACAAACUUGAUAAAGUGCACUUGCUUCAGAAGUAAAGGUGACGUUUACUUUUAGUGGGUGUGGAUCCUGUAAGGAAUGGCAUGCUAACUAUGCAGCAGGGCACAACGUAAGUGGCUGUCAGACUGAUUAAUAAAAACUGGUCCAGACCUUUGUAGGGCACGUUUUUCGUGUUUUUUUUUUUUUUUUUUUUUUUUUAACAUUUUUUUUUGUUACAGUCAUUAAAGGCUGAUCCUGAAAGUCCCACCCUGAUCGUUUUUUACUACUGAACGUGUUUUCAGUGGUCUGUAAAUUGUGAUUAUACAUUUUUAAGCCAAAAUAGCAUUAACUGUGUCAUUUUCAAGGGCUUUUCUUCUGCAGAGUUCCAGUAGAUCAUUAGCAAUUCACCUCUGAGUCGUGGGCGGAGACAUCGCUGCUCUGCACACUCCUCUUUACGCUAGCAGUAGUAGUAGAAGAAGCAGGUAGCAUAAGAGCUAUUCAGCUCUCAGACACUAAUGUCUUGAGGGGUAUGAUAAAAGCUAAUAUCAUACUAAGCUUUUUUACGGGCAUUGCAAUCCGCUACCGUACACGCUUGUUCCGCAAUUGUCCUCUCUAUUUCUCCAGUCUUGCCUGAAUAGCGGGGCCCUGGGGGCGGAGCUUGGAAUUGUGACAAAGGAAAUCCUACUGUCUCUGAGCCUGCUGUUUGGGUCUGCCAGAGAUUCACAGAGAUUUGAAUGCAGAAAUGCAAUUUAGCACUUAUUUUUCCCAUGAUAUCUCCUGUAGUAUCAGAAAAAUGCCGUAUUAACAUUUAAAAAACAAGAAAAACACGAUUUUCAUCAGAGUGGGUCUUUAAUCUUUCAUUGUAGAGAAGAAAGUAUUCGAUCUUGUUUAACUGCAUCAGUGUAAUGAGUAAUGGAUGAUUUCAAAGCAUGAAAAUGUAGGGUGUAUUCAGUUUUUGUCAGCUUUAAUGCUUUGUAUUUUACAGGUACUUGAAGCUGUUCUUCAUCUCUAAAGACAUUAGGAGCCAAGUGGAUUACCAGUCAUUGGGAUGUUUGCAAUGCUGACCAUGUUAGACACGUAGGUUUGCUGAAAGUGGCACUACCAUGUUGCCAGGAGUGGGUGUGUUUGGCAUCGGGAGCACGGCCAGAGUGCUUGUCCCAUUAUUGAAAGCUGAAGGCUUUGAGGUCCAUGCACUCUGGGGAAGAAGUGAAGAGGAAGCACGCUGCUUGGCAGAGGAGCUGGGCAUCCCAUUUCACACCAGCCGAUCUGAUGACGUCCUCCUGCACCAAGAUGUCGACCUUGUUUGCAUUUAUGUUCCUCCCUCCAUGACAAGACAGAUUGCUGUCAAAGCACUAGGUAAGAGAUUUACAGUAUCUCACAAAAGUGAGUACACCCCUCACAUUUCUGCAAAUAUUUGAUUAUAUCUUUUAAUGGGACAACACUAAAGAAAUGACCCUUUGGCACAAUGUACAGUAGUCAGUGUACAGCUUGUGUAGCACUGUAAAUUUAUUGUCCCCUUAAAAAACUCAACACAGAGCCAUUACUGUGUACACCUCUGGCAACAAAAGUGAGUACACCACAAAGUGAAAAUGUCCAAAUCGGGCCAAAAAUGUCAAUAUUUUGUGUGGCCACCAUUUUUUCCAACCCUGCCUUAACCCUUUUGGGCGUGGGGUUUACCAGAGCUUUACAGGUUGACACGUGAAUCCUCUUUCACUCCUCCAUGAUGACAGUCACAGAGCUGAGUGGAUGUUAGAGACCUUACGCCCCUUCAUUUCCCACUCCUUCACAUACAUAACAUAUUGUGGAUGUGAUUUCUGUUGGAACCCCUUGAAAACAAGAUAGUACAUGUCAAGGGGUUUAUCCUAAUAAUAAUGUUACAGUCCCUUACUUUAAGUUGUUACAAUUUUUCAAUGAAUCCCAAGGUUAAAAAACAGGUAAUCUUUUAAAAACAGACAAAGCUUAGUCUUCAAUGUGACCUGGCCUCCUGGGUGUGGCAGAUCAACUCUGGAGCUGAUUAAAUGUUCCGGUAUUCCCCUAAAAGACACUCAUACUAAAAAUGACCGAAUUCCUGUGAUGUGUUGUAAUCCAUCUUUGUGUUUAUUUUUGAGAUAUUCCCAAAGGCGAUGAUAAACGCGUUAUCAAGGAAUACAGUGAUUUGAGGGGGAUAAAAAACAGAAAUACUCAAAAACCUAAAACUCUCCACACCUGAAAUCUGUAAUCUGCAUAUUACAUUAAACAUCAGCAACUCGGCAUCAUAUCAGAGGGGAUCUAUGAAGUUCACAUUUUUACUGUAUCUGAUGGAAUUCCUGGGCAUUGACCUCAGCUUCCUGUUUGAGUUGCAACUUCCUGAGUGAGUCCCCACCAAAAGACUUAUCCAGAGCACUGCCUCCCACAGUUAUUGUAGGCUACUGAUAUGUGUAGGAAAUAUGCACUCCUACUGUGUUAUCACAUACAGGAUAAUAUUUACAUUUUUUUUAAUGAUACCAUACACUGGAACUUCACAGUCAGGCCAUUUCAGGCAAUCCCUCUCACAGUGUGGCAGCACAAAAGACUGAAUUGUGAGGUCUUCACCUACACAAAUAAAUCAGGAAAGGAAUCCAACUGUUGUUGUAACAUGGUGACCAAAUUUUUUUUAGAGGCUCUAUAUUAAAGUGUGCUAGCUUGUAUUUUUGAGUUUCAGAAAUGUUCAUACUUUCAGAUAGACUUACGACACCCUGGAUUACAGUAAUCAUUUACUUCUUUUCUGUGUCUUUCUGCAGGUAUAGGUAAAAAUGUUGUUUGUGAAAAAGCUGCAACUGCUGUGGACUCAUUCAAGAUGGUGACAGCAGCAAGAUACUAUCCCCAGCUGCUCAGCAUCAUGGGUAAUACCCUUCGCUUUCUACCAGCUUUUGUCGCUAUGCGCCAAUUGCUGGUAGAGGGUUACGUAGGCGAAGUGCAGGUGUGUGAUGUCAGAGUCUACGGGCCCAGCCUCUUGGAUCAGUCAUACGGCUGGACAUGCGAGGAGCUAAUGGGAGGUGGUGGUCUGCACACUGUGGGCUCUGCCAUCAUUGACCUUUUAAGUUUUCUAACUGGUGCACGAGCACAACGUGUUCACGGCUUACUGCGGACAUUUGUACAACAGAAUGUUUCCAUCAGAGGAAUUCGCCGUGUCACCAGCGAUGAUUUUUGCUUUUUUCAAAUGUUGAUGGGUGGGACUGUGUCGAGCUCUGGUGGUGUGUGUUGCACUGUGACCCUGAACUUCAACAUGCCAGGGUCGUUUGUGCAUGAGGUUAUGGUUGUUGGAUCCUCCGGGAGACUGGUCGUCAGGGGGACAGAGCUGUUUGGUCAAAACAAUGGGAGCAAAGGUGAGGAGUUGUUGCUAGGUGACAGUGGGUGGGCAGGACCCGAGGUUAGAGAGAUGCCCCUGCCUCACCUGCAAGGUUUGAGCGCAAUGGUAAAGUCACUGAGACAGUCUUUUCAAGCUCACGAGGAGCGCAGGUCAUGGGCACGAGGCCCGGUUGCCAUGGCACCAACAUUUGAAGAUGGUCUGUAUGUGCAGACAGUGGUGGAGGCAGUGAAGCGCUCCAGCUGUACAGGAGAAUGGGAGUGUGUGGAGGUCAUGAGUCAAGAGCCAGAUCCAAAUCACAACCUGUGUGAGGCUCUGCAGAGAAACAAGAACUAAAAUUAUUUAUACACCCGGUGCAACGCUACUAAAACACUAAGCUCUGAAUGUUUCCCUGUAACUCAGCUGCAAAGGCAGUUUACACCACAGAUGACUACUUUUUUCCCAAUUGGGAUAAGACAACUUAACUGUUAUCUGAAUAUUUGUACUCAUAGUCACAUUUUGUUUGUACAUUUAUUUAACACUCCAUUAUUCUGGUUCUCAAUUGAUAACAACAAUAAUUAGCAUCUGCAUCAACAUGUCAGUCACUGGUACUAGUCUUUCACAGUCCAACUCAUUCACCUGAGUGUAACUUUCCUUAUGGAGAAUGUAAACAUGCAUCACCUGUCAGAAAGGCGACAAACAAAUCCUACAGGUGAGUCUCCCAACAUUGUCAGUAAUGUGACCGGAUAAAUAUCUUUACUUUAAAGAGCAUGUAGUUUUUUUGUAUGUUGGUGAUAAUUGGAGGUGGAUAAAUUUAGCUCAAACUUUGUUACUACAAUUGAACAAGGGCACUAUUCUCUCAGAUAUUAGUAACCGUUUGGGAUAUUUCCUCUUUGUAGCACCUUUGUUUCCGCAAUUACAGAAUCAGACCAUCAAAGAUUGAGAAACAACAUACCAAUGAAUUGUUAGCUUGGCCUUGGCUCUAUCAAAAAAGUUGUUAGAGUUUCAUAUUUCAGUCAAAAAGAACAGUUUUAAAUCAUCAACCAGUUGAGAACCACAAACUUUAUUAUCUUUGGUUCUACAUAUCUGUCCCCCACAAACCUUCCAGGACACUGGUAUAAAAGAAAACACUGUCAAUGUCAAGUCUGUCUGACCUAACAGUUCAGUCCUACAUGUAGUUCACUGGUGUCUGUUUAUUAAAGCACAAAUUCCCUUAAUUCUAAAAAGUAGACUUCCCCUUAGACAUAAACCUCAUCUCACCAUGAAGGUGUUUUGACUAACAAAGUGCCCUCCCUGUGUGCAGUGUGGUGACUGACAGAAUUCAAAUGGUGCUUCACUGGAGUUCAGCCUCUGUAGGAUUCUGAAAAAGAAUAAUGGAGUUGUUUAGACAUUAGUUUUGUUGUCAAUUUUUUUUUUAUUUUUAAGUGUGUGUGAAGCAAAUAUUUAUUGUAAGGAAAUUUUUCAAGAUGGGGCUUGGGGAAAUUGUCUCAUGGCAUACAUAAGAGAUUGAGUUGAAUAAGCUAUGUUUAAAACAAAAUAAAAAAACUCAUUUGUAGCAAGCUCUUCAAAAUUCUUGAAUCUGAAAAUAGUGCUUAGUUUUAAACCUUGUAAGUAUUGCUUUCAUCAUUUAGAUUAGAAAAUGUGAGAAAUUUUAGAUUUCCUUUUUCACAGAGGGAACAGUUUUAAUAAACGCACAUGACUGAUUCCAGUUGUCAAUUUUCAGGGGGAAAACAUGUCAACAUUUAACAACUACUUAUCAUCCAUAUGCUCACUGUAGUCUGUCAUUAUUUUUUCAAAAUUUUCUUCUCUGAUAUAAACUUCAGGUUGAAGAUCUCCCUCUCAAAUAUAGAUUGCCAAGGAGGUUUUGUCUCUUUUUCUCUACGAAAAACUAAUGUAUAGUUAUAAGUUUAAACAUGACUGUGAAGAAGGAAACUGAAAACUUUUAACAGCCUCCUGUCAAGCUGCUAGAAGUUCAGAUUGAAUGUUCAAGUCUUCCAUUAGUUGAGGCAAGAUUUCCCUCUACAUCACUAUCUGGUGACUUUUUAUUUUCUAACAGUGAAAUUCUAAUGGAAAAUGGGAACUAAAUGAAUUUUAAUGUGUGUAAAAGGUUUGUUUACACAUCAUUUAUAAAAGCUGUUUUAUUUUUUGUUGUUGUAAAAUACUCAGUUUAAAGCAAUCCAAAGCUAUUUGACAGAUUGAAAUCAUGAGUGGGGGGCUGCCAUCUAUCCCUUUUACUAUUAAUCCUUAAACAUUACAGAUCUUUUUAUUUAGUAAAAUCACUGGAUUUGACUAACCUUAGAGCAAGAAUGUGUAAACCAAACCAAGGGGAGACAGUGUGAAAAAGUUUACUGUUGAGCCAGUGACAGGUGGUGCUCUGGUUUGGUUUGACUAAUACAUUCUCUUUUAAGUCCCAUGUAGGAUGUUUCUCUAACAAUGCACAAUAAAGUACGUUACAUGCUGACCUCACGCUUUUCCAACAGUGCUUUAUCAAAACAGUGCAACAAGUUUACACUAAGUGUCUUCACAUCUUUUAGCCUGCAGGACGCUGCGUAACCACCACUACUAUUAAAACGCAUUCCAACUGAGUGUUCACCUUAUUCACAAAAGAUGUUUUUGUUUUAUUUUUUGCACUGGUUACUGGAAAAAAAUGUCAAAUAUUUAAUGUGCAGUCUGAUGCUUGUACCAGCCAGCUCUCUGCACCACUGAAUUAACAUUUGUCUGUGUUAGGAAGGCUAUUUAUUUAUGUCUUGAUGUGGAGAAAUUUUCCCAGCACUCAGUGUAUGUUUUCAGCCUGUGAAUUUCUGUUUUUAGCUGUAAUAUUUAUGUUUUGUAGAUUUUACGUGAUAAAAUGGCUUUUUGAGCACAAUGUGAUGCAUUUUGUUUGGCAACUGUACUGUCCAUCUGCCUGACAGAUUUUCUUUUAAUAAAAACAGAUAUAUUCAUUUAUACUUUUGUCAGAUUUGUUUCUCUGAUUUUUCAGAGCGAUACAAUGUUUAAAGUAACAGUUUUUACAUAGACUAAUGUAAUAGUAAUCAAUGUUUUGUAUAUUAUGGGUAGGAUAUGAAAUAACAGUUUGACUACAGAGAAAUAAUCAAACAGAAAAGUGCAAUGAAAUGACAGUGAAAUGUAAAGUUAUG